GCUACGAAACGACGACAUUUGUAGCAGCUGUCAGAUAUUCUCUCAGCAAGAUUUAAUCGAAAAAUGGAAGCAUCACACAUAAAGAAGGCGUUGCGCACACGCAGAAUGGAAAGUGCCAAACAUAAGAUCGAUUUCGCGGAUAUCAGCACCUUUGACAUUGUCCCAACUCCCCCAAAGGGGCCAAAACCUGAAGCAGUCAGGUUACAAAGACGCCACAGAGUCCAUGCCCAGAAAUUAAACACAUACGAGGCAAAAUAUAGAUCUUCACAAGACUCUGAGACACAUAAGACACAGCAUGAUGCUGUAAAUGGUUCCGGUGAUUUUCUCAGGACUGUUGACCCAGCGUUUCCCUGGUAUUGCCCUACUCCAAGAACCGGAGACACAUCAUCAUCUUACGACAGGGAAGAACAUACUGUUCAUAAGCAAGCCACUUGCAAUGAUCCAUCCACUAGCUCAUCUCGCAAACAAGCUAUCAAUACCAACCCUAUAAGGUACCCAGCCCCAGGACCCAGAGAACAACUGGCUCCAAGUCCUUUCCCCGUCAGCAAGAACAAACUGGCCCCUGUGGUGGACCCAAAGAAGAAUGCUGUACCAAAACCUGCUCGUGCGAGCCCUCGUGCGAGCCCCCGUGCGGGCGGUCUUGCAGGCCCUCGUCCGGUUAAGGCUAAACACAUGCUCGUUCACAAAGAAAAUGGGAAGACCACUAACACGGAUCAGCCGACAAGAAUAUAUCUUCCUGAAGCGGUACACAACAAAAACCCUAUAAGGUACCCAGCCCCUGGACCCAGAGAACAACUGGCUCCAAGUCCUUUCCCCGUCAACAAGAACAAACUGGCCCCUGUGGUGGACCCUAAGAAGAUUACUGUACCAAAACCUGCUCGUGCGGGCCCUCGUCCUGUCAAGGCCGUGCACGCGCCUGUCUACUUUGAUGACGCCGAAUCCAGUUGUGUGUUGACACGGAUGUACGGCUGUAGAGAUGAAUAUACAACCGACAGUGUAAUACCAGUGAAGAACAGCCGUCCAAUCAGAAACCCAUCCCCGGGGCCCCGGGAACAGCUGCUCCCCAGUGUAUUUCCUGUUAACAAGAGGCGUCUACCAUCUCUCGCCAAACACGGAAGAGUUGUCGCCCCUUUGUGUGGAUAGAGUCACAGUUUUCUUAAGAUUUUUUGACAUUUUUUACCAGAAAUUCAAACGAUGAUAAAAAGUAUGGUUAUGAAAACUGAAUAAUUACUACGCAAAUGAAUUUUCAACUGUUUUGUAUAACAUCAAAUUUAUAUUAUAUUUGAUAGUUAAAAUAUACAACAUUUGAUAUAGCGCCCUAUCU